AUGGGCAGUGCCGAUGAUAUACGAUUGGUAUCAGGAAUUGACGAUCGAAUUCCACGGCUUUAUGAAGUGCAAAAGGGUCAAAAAACGCAAAGUUAUAUUAGUGCAAUCACUGGUACUCCAUUGAUUUCUGAAUCUGUACCACCACUGUGUCAGCCGGACAAGAAUACACUGGUUGUUGUUGUUGUUGUUGUUAGUCUUAAUUUAUGCUACCAUUAG